AUGGCGGAGAAUGAAGGUGUCAAGCGAGAGCUAGACGAAGGCGCAGACUUGGGUUCUCCUCACAAGAAAGCCAAAUCAGGAGAUGACGAUGUUGCUGCUGAUGCCGGUAGUGAUGCACCCAUUGUCAAGCUUAAUGAUGCAUCCAACCACGCCUUCGUGCCACCUGGAACGGUGGGGGUCACCACCAUCAAUGAUAAUGAUGUGUUAUCAGGCCGUGGAGGUGGAACCAAUCUACACCCAGGAAACCGACAGUUUCGAGAUCUCAUCAACUUGUAUCGACGUGAUUAUCUGAAGGCUCGCAAGAAUGACAAGCCAGCUAUCUCUCGGUCGAUUGUCAAUGCCAUCCGUGAUAAGAAUGGCCGCUUCCUCAAAAAAGUUGAGAAGUCGGGCCUUUGGUUCGAAAUUGGAGAUGAUGCGGCGAGGGAGAAAACGAGUCAAGCGCUGCGCCAACGAGCCCCCGAAAUGAGAAAGCUACUGUUGGAUCAUGAAAUGGAAGGAGCCAGAAGCCAACAACAACAAAUGAUGAUGAUGCCUGGUAUGAUGAUGCCCGGCAUGAUGGCAAACGGAAACAUGCAAAUGAUGGCUUUCAAUCCAGCCAUGAUGGGGAUGCCCAAUGCUGCCAUGUUUAAUCCUGCCAUGAUGGGGAUGCCACCGAUGGCCUUUAAUCAACAAGGACUUCCGACUCCAGGUGCCGCAGAAGGUGCCGCCGAGGGCGGCGCUGCUGCUCCCGGUGGAGAUGGAACGGCCGGUACGGAUGCGACCAACAACGGUGGAGCUGCACCAGCUCCUGCAGCAAACAACAAUCCAAUGAUGGCCGCAGCGAAUUUCGGAAUGCCUGCUCCCGCAAACUACCACAUGAUGUUUGCUCCAAUGGGAGCCCCCAUGCCUGGUCAACCAGGAGGUGUACCCGCGCCUGCACCAGAGAGCCCUGCACCUGUAACCUUGCAGUGA